AUGGCGCCUCCAUCUACCGCCGACGCGGGCUCUGCUGCCGCAGGAGGUGAAGAGAAGAAUAACAACAAAACUCAAAACACAGCAGAGGAAAAAGAAGUGACUGAGAAAGAACCAGCAACGGAUACACCCGCCGGUGACAGCUCAGCUGCAGAUACACCCGAAACGAAUGCCCCCUCUACAGCAGCUGCCGAUGAUAAGGCUCCUGCUGCUGCAUCAUCUGCAUCCAAAGAUACAACAGCAGCAACAGCAACAACAGGAGCAGCAGCAGCAGCAGCAACAGCAGCAGCAAAAACAACAACAACAACAGCCCCUGCAGCAACAAAAGAUGCAUCUUCUGUAUCAGCAUCAUCGAGCGCUGCCCCCGCUUCAGGUGUACAGACAGCUGAAAGUAUAAAGAACAAAGCAGGGGGGGAGUUGCUAGCCAACGGUCUGCCGAAGAUAGUGUAUGAUUUACCCAGUCCUUCACCAGGGGCCCCCAUGGGGGCCCCCAAGGGGGCCCCCUCAUCAGGAGUUGUUAGCGAAUCCCGUAGAGCAUCCAUCAAGUGUAUCAGAAUGUGA